CCCAAACGCAAGGAUCGCCUGUGGUGCCUGCCUCCCAAGAAGGUGAGCGCACUGGUGCAUGCCGCAUCAUGCCGUCAAUGCACUGCGCUGCUGUGUUGCUGCGGCUAUGGCCCAACAACUGUUUGCAAGCCAUAGCGAGUUCCUGGCCAGCAAGAUAUGGCCUUUUUUUUUGCUCAAUUGGAUGGUGUGCGGCCGCUCUGACAUUGUUCAAUCGGCAUCGCCACUUGAUCGAGGCAGUGCACGCCAGAACUCUGAGUACAUCUCCGAAUUUCAGCAUCCAUGAUAUCUCAGAAAUCACUGUCGGC